AUGGAAACGGUGGCCUCCGCAUGGGUGCAUGACGCUGGCUCGUCCUACCAGGGUCAGGAGAACCAGCAUCUUUCAUCCUAUGGGGGUCUGUGUCCUCAACCAGAAGCAACCAUUAAGCUCUCGCCUCACCUGCACAGGAACAAACAGCUGCAGGACACCCUUCAACAGAGAGAGGAGGAGUUGGCCCGGCUGCAGCAGGAGAACGACAAACUGAGACACUUCCUCAGCUCCUCAUUUGUGAAGAACCUGGAGGAGAAGGUCAAGGGCCUCAGUUCAGACCAUAGGGGUAACCUUAAAAGAUGUCUCCAGCAGGACCACAGAACCGACCAGAACCUCAGUUCCUGUCGGUCACACCCAGCUGCCCAGCGCAUCAGCACUCGCGUUUGUCGCAAUCUCUUCCCUGAGUUCUGCUCUGACCCAGGUCCCCCCAGGGAACCAAACCUAGACCUCUGGGUUCUCCAGACACUGGGCCUCAAAGACCGGGACACCAUCGACCCUUCUGCCUCCCCCAACUCCUUCCGACUCAACCCGUCCUCUUCCUCCAUCCGACGGCUUACUCCUCCUCAUCAGCCCUCUUCCCACUUCAGUGCUCCUUCUUCCUAUGAGCCUUCGGCCAUCCUGCCGGACCUUCCUCAGUCCCUCUCGUCCUCAUCCUCUCUGACGAGCCAGACCCACACCGCCCCGAUCCCACAGCCAGGGGCCGUCCCUUCCUUUCAGAUGCUCACACCCCCUCCCACGCCUCGCAAAGACGUGGUGUUCAGAGGGUCUCUCAGUCCCUCCAGCAGCUUCAAGACCCAUAGCUUCCCCCAGGGACAGGCCUUCAUCAGGAAGGACACACAGGGCUGCUGGAGCUUCACCUGGAUCCCGAAACAGAAUCCCUAG